AUGACGAAUUCCGACGACGAGGCCCUUUUUGACGACAUCUACGACGACGACAAGGAGGAAGUGAAGCAGGAGCAGCAGGAGACGGCGCCCAAGACGGACGAGGCCGCAGCAGAGGCUGCAAAUGCGGCCGCCCAGGACGGUGCGCGUGGAGCAGGCGAACCAGCACCAGCACAGGUUCCGGCGCAGUUCCCGGUGAUGCACGCGCCGCCGCCAAUGACUGUGGGCGGGCCGGGCCAGAGACAGUUCCAGGACACGGUGCGAGCCGAUAUCCAGUCGAAGGACCAAGGCAAGAUGUUCAUUGGCGGCCUGAACUGGGAAACGACCGAGGAGAGCAUGAAGAACUACUUCUCGCAGUUUGGCGACGUGGUCGACCUGACCAUCAUGAAGGAUAACGCGACAGGGCGGUCGCGGGGCUUUGGCUUUUUGACAUUUGCUAGUUCAAGUAGUGUUGACGAGGUUUUAAAAAAAACACAUGUUCUAGACGGCAAGCUUAUCGACCCUAAACGAGCCAUUCCGAAAGAGGAGCAGGACAAGACAGGCAAAAUUUUUGUGGGCGGAGUGGCGCCAGAGGUCACCGAGGCCGAGUUUACGGAAUACUUCCAGCAGUUUGGUAACAUCAUUGACUCGCAACUGAUGCUCGACAAGGACACCGGCCGGUCCCGCGGAUACGGGUUUGUGACGUACGAUUCCCCCGAUGCCGUUGAUAGAGUGACCCAGAAUAAGUACGUGCUAUUUCACGGUAAAAACAUGGAAAUCAAGCGUGCAGAGCCUCGUAACCAGCAGAAGGCCGGCUCUUCCUACUCCAACGUCGGCCAGCCGCAGCAGACGUACACACAGAUGGCCCAGAUGCAGCAGUACUGGCAGCAGAUGCAGCAGAUGCAACAGUACUGGAUGCAAAUGCAGCAGGUCCAGCAGCAGGGCGGCGACGUUUCGCAGGCCAUGCAGCAGAUGAUGCAGCAGUACGGCCAGACGAUGCCUGGCGGCGACGAGCAGCAGAACGGGGGCGACGACGGCAAGGAUGCCGGCGACGAGGUGCCUAAUCCGCAGGAACAGACGACGAACCUGCCUUCUGGGCCCCGCGGCGGCGUGAGACACGGCGGACGGCCCCGCGGGCCUAAGGACUCUCGCGACUUCCGCGGCCGCGGCGACAGGGGCGACAGGGGCGAUAGGGGAGGAAGAAGUGGCGGCGGCGGCGGCCACAGAGGCCGUGGAAGACGCGGCUACCACCCUUACAACAGGUAG